ACAAGAGCAGGGAGAUACAGUAGAGACAUGGUAAUCUGGAACAGAGCUCCUUCACAACAAAGGAAACAGAACACUUAACUGGAUUUGUCUUAUUUUGGGGAGUUCUGUCCUGUGCCACCCUAGUGCUGAAAUUAUGGACCACUAUGCAGACCAGGGUUGCGACGGGAUUGAGCUGCUUGAUUUGCUGUUUGAUCAAAACAAUGGCAUCCUCCGUCACGAGGAGAUGGGACACCAUGACAACCAUGCCUGGCCAAUCCACGAGCCAAACGUGUGUCCAGCAGAGCAACAAAGCGAGGACUUCCUGAAUGCCCUCCUGAGUGGCAGUGGCUCAGUGUCGGGGUCCCCCCUGUGGUCUCCCUCUCCUAGUGACAGUGGCAUCAGUGAGGACCCGCACUCGGAUCAGAUGGAUAGCCCCCAGCGCCCUGAGAGCCCUCCCAUGGAGCCCCACUGCAUCCCCCCUCAGCCACAAACCAAGGUCACCCUGGAUGCCAACUUCUUCAUUGAUAUCAAUGGCUGGGACUCAGACUUCUACCCAGGCAGGACUGGGGGGACAGAGUGUUCCUCUGAUUCACACACAACCCAGCUGUCUUCUGGCUUCCCCCUCACUGUCAAGGACCUACUGCUCUCUGGCACAUCUGAUCCGCCCCCACAGCAUUCCCAACAGUCCUUCCAAGAGUUGAUUCUUAAUGAGGAUGAGAAAAAACUGCUGGCCAAGGAGGGGGUGACUCUGCCUAGCCAACUACCUCUCACAAAGUAUGAGGAGAGGAUUCUGAAGAAAAUUCGCAGAAAGAUCCGGAAUAAGCAGUCGGCUCAGGAGAGCAGGAAGAAGAAAAAGGAAUAUAUUGAUGGUCUGGAGAGCAGGAUGGCUGCCUGCAACACACACAACCAGGAGCUACAGAGGAAAGUGUUCCAGCUGGAGAAAUGCAAUACGUCUCUGAUGGGGCAGCUGCACAGGCUGCAGACUCUGGUCAUGGGCGGCUCCAAAAAGACCGCCCAGACUGGGACUUGUGUCCUGGUACUGCUCCUGUCCUUCUCCAUCAUCCUCUUCCCCAGCCUGAACCCAUUUGCCAAGGUCAGCCAAGGAGGGGACUUCAGCCCAGUGAGGGUCCAGUCACGGUCCCUGCACAACCUCCAGUCCUCCAGAGUGCUACAUGUGAUUGACCAGCUGUACCAAACUGCAGACGACAAGGCCAAGCCUCCAGACAACCAUGUCCUGGGAGACCAGGGUGUGGAUGCGAUUAUGUCUCUGCUGGGAAAACUGGGCACUGGUCACGGCAGCCAAGGACCGCCCAAUUUUGACCCCAUGUCUCAAAAUAAUAGCAUGGAUGAGCAAGUCCAUUUCCAGGGAGACCCCAUUACUGGCCAUAUAGCUACAGUGACUUGGAAUCCACACCGCAGAGCCACACUACGCCCACAUGCUGAUGACAUGUGAUUUGGAGAGAAUAUUCCCAGCAGGAUUUCUCUGUUCUGCUCCCAUCUCCAGACACUUCAUAUCAUGAAACAGAGCAGCACUAGCCUAAGGCUCUUGUUUACACUAUGAGUUGGGGAAUAAUAAAUACAUUCUUUUGCCUGUUAUAUUAUAUACUGUGUGUGUGUGUGUGUGUGUGUGUGUGUGUGUGUGUGUGUGUGUGUGUGUGUGUGUGUGUGUGUGUGUGUGUGUGUGUGUGUGUGUGUGUGUAUAUCCUUUUUUUUCUUGUUUGUUAUUCUGUUUUGUAUUGUUUUAAAUGUGGAAGACACAUUUCAGUUGCACAACUGACUAGGUAUCCCCCUUUCCCUUAUUUGACCAAGUUGACUUGAAUGACUUGUGUGUGUGUGUGCAUGUCUGCAGACGCACACCCCAACGAUUGUUUGUGUCAAUUGUUAUCUGCCGUGGUGCCUCUCAUCUCUCAGCCUUUAAUCAUGGGGAGAGUAGCUCAGCGACCAGCAUUUUUAAUCAGCUUCUCUGUGACCCACUUUGAUUGUCCAUCUUCCACCAGCAUAGUGGGAUAUGACCCGUGGUAGGAGAACUCUAAGUCAGACCCUGAGAGAGGGACAAAAAAAAGGACACAGUCAAAGAGAUGUCCUUGUUUUCACUUGUUUAAAGGGGCAAUCCAGGAUUGAAGCAUACAUUUUUGGACUUUUAAAUGAACAUUACCAUUUAUUAUUUCAGAAUUGAAUUUAUAAAUGCUUCACGAGAUUAUUUAAACUCUCUUAACCCAUCAGGACCCAAAAUAUAAGCUUGUUUUACAUCAUUCAAACACUGUGUAGAUUCUCAUGGAUGGUCAGUCCAUGCAUCAAUAGCUCCUUGCAUCAAUAGUUCUGUCUAUGAAUUGGUGAGUGGUUACAUUACUCCAGCCCUAUCCCUCAGCUGUUUACCAAAACAAGUGGCAAAUCCCAGAUUGCCCCUUUAAUCCUGCAAAUUGCUUUUCUGUUUUAAAGUGCAUUGCUGAACCAGAUAAACGCAGUGCUUGUAUUAAACUCCAUGAACAGCUAUUGAGUGGUUUAAACUUUAUUUUUGCUUAUUUAUUUUUGAAUGAGAGUCACAUGGGUAAAUGAAACCAAACCAAACAUGAUUAAUACCUCCUUUCACUUUGGUGGAGUGGAGUAAAAUGUAAUUGCCUCCAUCAGGAAAGGGACAACAGAAAGAAAAGUUCCAUUUGUGAUUUCAUGCCAAGUUGUGGUUCUGUUCACUUUUGUUUGAGGUGUAUGGUAUGAUUCAACAAAUAUUACAGAUGCAAAAAUGUAUAUAAGAUAGCUAGCUAAUCACUGAAUGGACGGUCCGAGAUAUGCAAUAAAGAGAUUCAAGUCUACAGGUUUAUCGAACUUCACAGGUGUGCUCAUCUUGGUGUUUGAUAGAAUUAACCUGUGCCGUGGCCUUAGUGUCUAUGUGAUGUUACAGCUUGACUAUCCUCUGUCUACUGACAUAAUGCUUUACAAAAUGUCAAUAUCUGGCCAUCUGUGCUAUACUAUAGGCUGUGCAAAUGCCAAACACUAGCUACUGGCUCUCUCUUCCCGGAAGUUCCUACCUUGGGAUCUGACAUGAAACAUGUCCUAAUUAGCUUUCGACAGGAUAAUAACAUCCAUUUUAGUUUCAUUCAUUUGAAUUGAUACAUUUGACAAUAGCAUACUGACUCUGCAAGGCUCACUAGAAGGCGGACUCAGAAAAAAGUGACUAUUACUGUGCCAUGAUAUUCAGAUCCAAGAACAGCACUUUAAAGCAAUGCCAACCCCACUGUGAAUCACUACGACCUGUGUCUAACCCAGGCAGCAGCACACAAGAUAAACACCAUGCUUUACUGACCGUCUCUAGGACACACACCACUCUAGUUCACAAACCACUCUAGGUCCACCUUACUAGAGGCCACACGCCACUCUAGGUCACAUACCACUCUAGGUCCACCUUACUAGAGGCCACACGCCACUCUAGUUCACAAACCACUCUAGGUCCACCUUACUAGAGGCCACACACCACUCUAGGUCACACACCACUCUAGGUCACACUCUAGGUCACACACCACUCUAGGUCACACACUAGGUCACACACCACUCUAGGUCACACACCAGUGUAGAUCACACCACACAACUGGCAUUUCUCCAGUACUGUAAAAAGAAACAUUAUAGGAAGGAAGAGAUCAGCGCCAUUGUUAAUCAUAAUGUGUUUGGGAAACCCCGUUCCCGACGACUUUUAUCAUGGAAGAUUUGAAUAUGUUUGAUUGCUCUGUAUCCCCCCAUUGGAAUACUCAUUAUUUACAAUGAAUGUAUUAGUUUCUAAUAGACAAGCUCUCUUCUGACCCUGUUGCUUCGGACUUCAACCAUGCUGUGCCGGAAAGAUGGUCCUAAUUUUACUUUGGCUGUCUUUAACAGUCUAGAUCCUCUUAAGGUUUCUUCCUAUAGCCAGGAGUUUGUUUAUACUGUUACAAACACAAUGGUUACUUCACUGAAUAGAUUAUUGAUAAAAUAUUGGAUAUUUAACAGUCUACUGGUUGUCAUUGGUUGUAUAUCUAUCAGCUUUUAGUUGAAAAAAUUUAAAUGAAAUCACUUAUUUAUUCUCAGAAUGUAUCCACAGUUUCACUCAUGAUGACCACUUUCAUCUCUACCUUCUGAAACAUCCUGAUCUCAGAGCAUUGUGUAUUAUUCUGUACGUAAAUCUGAGACACUCCAUUUAGUAUAAUACAAUAUGUUACGUUUCUUAUGGUAUGUAUUAAUUUGUGGAUGUCCAUCAUCCAUUUCGUACGAUAUGUUACGAAUUUGCUAAACGUACAAUAUGCUACAAAUGAGCAAAACGUACAAUAUGUUAAGAAUAUGCUAAAUGAAUGAUUUGUUAUGAAUUGCAAUUUGUUGUGGCUAACAUUAGCUAAGUGGCUAACGUUAGCUAGGCUAGGGGUUAGGGUUAAGUUUAGGAGUUAGGUUAAAGGGUUAGUGUUAGAUAAACGGGUUAAGGUUAGUGUUAGGGGAAGGGUUAGAUAACUUGUUAAGUAGUUGCAAUGUCACGCCCUGGUCUAAGUAUUUUGUGUUUAUCUUUAUGUAUUGGGUCAGGCCAGGGUGUGGCAUGGGGUUUUUGUAUUGUGGUGUGUUUUGUCUGGGGGUUUUGGUGUGUAUGUAUUGGGAUUGUAGCUAGUGGGGUUAUCUAGCAAAGUCUAUGGCUGUCUGGAGUGGUUCUCAAUCAGAGGCAGGUGUUUAUCUUUGUCUCUGAUUGGGAACCAUAUUUAGGCAGCCAUAUUCGUUGAAUUUGUUGUGGGUGAUUGUCCUUAGUGUCUUUGUUCCUGUCGCUGUGGUAGUUGACAAGCAUAGGCUGUUUCGGUUUUCGUUACGUUUAUUGUUUUGUAGUGUUUUGUGUUAUUUCGUGUUUACGUUUGUUUAAAUAAACAUGGAUCGCAAUCGA